AUUUCAAUUAUUGCAACGGUCGAGUUUCUUCAAAAAUGGCGGCAGAUUCGUCGAACGGGCCGUCGAGUUUUUGGACUCAGGCAAAUGCUUUGGUGAGGAAGAAUCUCAUUUUUCAGAAACGCAAUAUCAAGACGAACAUUCGACUCAUUCUAUACCCAGUUUUCCUGUGUUUGUUACUUGUUUUCAUUCAAAAAUGGGUGAACAGUGAAUUAGAUGAUCCUUCAAGAGGGUGUGGCUGCAUUUGUGUCGAUACAGGGAAUGGCCAAUGUGAAACAAGGUGUGGCUUCGAAUACUCAACUCUGAAACAAGGCUUCUUUUGUGCCGUUCCUCGUCCUCCCGAAUGGCCUCUGUUAUUACAAGUGCCAGCUCUGCAAUUCCGUGCUGUUAGAACCGGAGAUUCAUGCAAGAGAACCGGUUCUUGUCCUGUAUCUAUGCUUGUUACAGGGAAUAACCAAACAUUUGCUCAAACGGUGGUUGAAAACAUGUUAUCGAGGCCAUUAAAUAUAAAUUCCUCAGAUAUUCUGCACAGUUUAGCUGAUAAUGCCUUGGGUACGGAAACAAAGACUCGGUUCGAUAAUGUUCUUGAUUCAGCUUUUCUUUCAAAGGCUCCUGUUGAUUUUCUUCAACCUCAAUGCCUGUCAAGUUCUCGAUUUUCUAUUGCUAUGCAGUUAGGUUCUGCUACAUUGCAAAAAGAUGUACGUUGCGUUCAAGUUUUACAAUUGUGGCGCAAUAGUUCUUCCGAGAUCAAUGAUGAGCUAUACAAGGGUUACCGUAAGGGUAAUUCGGAGAGAAAAAUUAAUGAAAUUUUAGCAGCUUAUGAUUUUGUGAAUUCAAACAAGAAUCUCUUCAAUGUUACUAUAUGGUACAAUUCUACGUAUAAGCGUGACAGAGGCAAUAAGCCUCUCGCCUUGGUCCGGGUGGCUCGUUCAAUAAACUUGGCUUCAAAUGCCUAUCUCCAAUUUCUGCCUGGACCAACUAGAGAAAUACUUUUCGAGUUUGUGAAAGAAAUGCCAAAGCCCGAAACGAAACUUAGGCUGGAUUUUUCUUCUCUCCUUGGGCCACUCUUCUAUACAUGGGUUAUUAUGCAGCUGUUUCCCGUUGUACUAUUAUCUUUGGUUUACGAAAAAAAGCACAAACUAAGAAUUAUGAUGAAAAUGCACGGGCUCGGAGAUGGACCUUAUUGGAUGAUAUCUUAUGCUUAUUUUUUAGCGAUAUCUUCAAUCUACAUGCUAUGCUUUGUCAUAUUUGGCUCUGCCAUCGGGUUAAACUUCUUCAGACUAAACGAUUACGGCAUCCAGUUUGUGUUUUAUUUCCUAUACAUAAACUUGCAAAUCUGUUUGGCUUUUCUUGUUGCUGAUUGGUUUUCGUAUGUGAAGACUGCUACGGUUGUGGGGUAUAUGAUGGUAUUUGGAACUGGACUCUUGGGUGGCUUCCUUUUUCAGUUGUUUCUCGAAGAUUCUUCAUUCCCAAAAGCAGGAAUAAUCGCUAUGGAGUUAUUCCCAGGAUUUUCCCUUUAUCGUGGGUUAUACGAGUUUUCACAAUACGCCUUCAAUGGAAAUUAUAUGGGAACAAAUGGAAUGCAGUGGAAAGAUUUAAACGAUAGCAAUAACGGAAUGAGAGAGGUCUUGAUAAUUAUCGCAGUUGAAUGGUUAGUUGUUCUUUGUACUGCAUAUUACACAGAUCAAGUUAUGUCGUCUGGAAAACAUCCCCUAUUUUUCUUGCGGAAGAAGCAAAAGAAUCUCCAAUCGUCUUUCCGUAAACCUAGCUUGCGAAGGCAGAGUUCUAAAGUUUUUGCUCAGAUGGAGAAGCUUGAUGUUGACCAAGAGAGAGAGAAGGUUGAGCAGUUACUACUUGAAUCGAGUACAAGUCAUUCAAUCAUAUGCAAUAAUCUCAAAAAGAUAUAUCCAAGUAGGGAUGGAAAUCCCGAGAAAUUUGCAGUAAAAGAGGUCUCACUUGCUUUGGCAGAGGGGGAAUGCUUUGGCAUGCUUGGUCCUAAUGGUGCUGGCAAAACUUCGUUCAUUAACAUGAUGAUUGGGCUCAUAAAACCGAGCUCUGGAACCGCAUAUGUUCAAGGACUAGAUAUACGGACUGACAUGGAUAAAAUAUACACCAGCAUGGGUGUCUGUCCCCAGCAUGACUUACUGUGGGAUACAUUAACGGGACGAGAGCAUCUACUUUUCUAUGGAAGGCUUAAAAAUCUCAAAGGCGCUGCCCUAACACAAGCAGUAGAAGAAUCUCUCAAGAGUGUGAACUUAUUUCACGGUGGGGUGGCAGACAAACAAUCGAGGAAAUAUAGUGGAGGCAUGAAGAGGAGACUCAGUGUCGCCAUUUCACUUAUCGGAGAUCCAAAAGUGGUGUAUAUGGAUGAACCAGGUACUGGAUUAGAUCCUGCUUCAAGAAACAUGUUGUGGGACGUAGUGAAACGUGCCAAGCAAAACAGAGCCAUAAUUCUCACCACGCAUUCAAUGGAAGAGGCAGAACACUUAUGUGACCGUCUCGGAAUUUUUGUCGAUGGAAGAUUGCAAUGUGUUGGAAACCCUAAAGAGCUGAAGGCUAGAUACGGGGGAUCGUAUGUAUUCACGAUGACAACAUCACCGACUCACGAGGAAGAAGUAGAGAACUUGGUACAACAGCUCUCCCCAAACGCAACAAAGGUAUACCAAAUCUCAGGUACACAAAAGUUUGAGUUGCCAAAAAACGAGAUUAGAAUAGCAGAUGUGUUUGAAGCAGUCGAGAAUGCAAAGAGUAGAUUCACUGUUAAGGCGUGGGGUCUGGCGGACACGACAUUAGAGGAUGUAUUUAUUAAGGUUGCAAGAGGGGCUCAAGCAGACAGUACUCUCUCGUGAUAGAUAACACGUCGGAAAGGAUCGGCAUAUUUUUUGAAGGUUUGUUUGUACAUUUGAUGUAUGAUUAGUUGAACUGGUCGUACAGUUUGUUUGCAAGAACAAGUACUGCGUGUUCGACUAUGAAUCUGAAUAUAGUUAACGAAUUAGCUAGUUUUGUGCAUUGUAAACAUCCCCAUAAGCCCGAAUUUGGUUUUCCUGACAAAGGGGAUUGACAAUUUUAUCCUGCACUGUUCAGAUGUUUUGUAAAUUGAAA